AGAGAAAGAGAAGGCAAAGGAGCAAAGGCAAUAGAGAAGCAAAGCGAACAAGUCCAGCUCAACCAUCUAUGGCCAUGCAAGCACAGAAGAUGAGGUGUGCUUGGGGCAGGCUUUGCCUGCUUCUUUCCCUCCUCCAGCUGCCGGGCUCCCAGGCCAAGUGCUACUUCCAGGCUAAAGCUCCCUGUGAAUACGAAGGGAAACAGUUCUCCAUUGGGGAAUCGUGGCUGAGCACCAACUGCCUGCUCUGCACCUGCCUGCACCCCAUUGGCGUGGGCUGCUGUGAGACCACCCAGCACCCGAUCGACUUCCCUGACUGGUGCGAGGCCCACUACGACUCACAGACCUGCCAGAUCUCGGUAGUGCAGAAGGCCAACCCCAGCCUGCCGUGCGUGAAGAGCGUGGAGCACGAGUGGGGCUCGGCCAGCACCCCCGAGCCGCUGGUGAACAAGCUGCUGGGUGCGGGGCUCAGCAGAUAG